CUGCUGGUCCCGGGGCUCCUUCGCCACCAGAGCGUCCCCAAGGUGUCCCCAAGGUGUCCCCAAGGUGUCCCUGAGGUGUCCCCAGUGGCCAUGGAGCCCAAAGAGGUGUACGUGGCCCUGCUGCAGCCACAGGUCAGGGUUGUGUGCAUCCUGGGCGAGCUGCUGGACACCCUGCCCAGGCGGGAGGAGGAGACGAUGCUCGUGUCCCUAAAGCGCCUGUACUGGGACCUGGAGGAAUUCACCAAGGAGCUCCGGGUCACCCUGCACCGCAUUCAUGACACCUCGUGGCGCCACAAUGUCACUUCCAAUGAUGAUGGCCCUGUCACCUCCGUGAGCCGGGCCCUGGCCGCCUACGGGAGCACCCCAGGGACCAACUGGGAUCGAGUGACAAUGGCGGCCAGGAAUUGGCAGCAGUCGGUGUCUGUACUUGUGGAGAGCUGGGCCGAGCUGGCCAGGAAGGGCACCGAGCUCCACAACACCUGCAGGGGGGUGGUCACCUGGGCCAGGGAGCUGCAGGCCAUGGCUGCCCGUUAUGGGACAGCUCAGGAAAACAUGGUGGAGCUGGGUCAGGCCCUGGGCAGGGAGGAGGCGGCCGAGGUGGUGGCCGGGUAUGAAGCCUGGGUGAGGAGAGAGGCCAGGGUGGCUGCCCGUGAGGCAAGAAGAGCCACCAUGUUGAGACAGCGGGUGGAGGCGGCCCUGGGGCCUCUGGAGCGCUCGGUGGCCGCAUGUGACGAAGCCACCGCGUUCACCCAGGAGCUGCAGCACAGGAUUGGGGACAUCGAGGCCGCCCUGGAGGUCACAAAUUGGGUGUCCACCGAUGUCCCCGAGGAUUUGGUGGCCAAGGUUGCCUUGGCCGAGCAGCUGUGGGAGGCCAACGCCCGCCUGCACGGGUGA